AUGCAAAUAGUUGAAACUUCUGCGGGCGUGAGAGUGAACUGGUCACGCCGGGCAGGCCCCAUUCCAGCCCACAUCACCGAGCGCCUGGCGUGUUACGAAAAGCUAAAAGCGGCCGCAGAGGGAAAACUUGCCCAGAGAGCCUCCGAAGAGAGCAGACGGAUCCAGAUUUCCCUGCCAGAUGGAAAAGCGGUGGAGGGGGAGGCCUGGAAAACCACGCCGUAUCAGGUUGCUCUGCGGAUGAGCCGGGGUCUGGCCAAGGCCGCCGUCACCGCCCGCGUCAACGGGAGCCUCCAUGACCUGGAUCGCCCGCUGGAGGGGGACGCUGAGUUGGAAUUUGUGGAUUUUGCCUCCCGGGAUGGGCAGACACUGUUCUGGCACUCCAGCGCCCACGUCCUGGGAGGGGCUGCCGAGCACUUCUACGGGGCACUCCUCUGCCACGGGCCCAGCACCGAGAACGGCUUUUUUUACGACAUGUACUUGGAUGAGCAAAGGACUGUGCAGGGGAAAGACCUGCCGGUGUUGGAGGAGAUCUGCAAGGGCAUCAUUGAAGAGAAGCAUCCUUUUGAGAGGCUCGAGGUGUCCCGGGAGGACCUGAAGGAGCUCUUCAAGCACAACAAAUUCAAACUGCGCAUAAUCGACGAGAAGGUGACGUCUCCAACAGCCACAGUGUACAGGUGUGGCACCUUAAUCGACCUCUGCCGCGGCCCCCACGUCAGGCAUACGGGCACGAUCCGAGCACUGAAGCUCCUGAAGAAUGCUUCCGCCCAUUGGCAAGGGGACCCUUCCGCGGAGGCCUUGCAGCGCAUCUACGGCAUCUCCUUCCCCAGUGCCAAGCAGCUGUCCGAGUGGGAAUGCGCCCAGGAGGAGGCCGCGCGGCGGGACCAUCGGCGAAUCGGCAAGGACCAGGAGCUGUUUUUCUUCCACGAGCUGAGCCCCGGGAGCUGUUUCUUCCUUCCUAAGGGAGCCCACAUCUACACCACUCUCAUGGACUUCAUUAAGGGCGAGUAUCUGAAGCGCGGCUUUUCCGAAGUCAUCACCCCCAAUAUCUACAACGUGAAGCUGUGGGAGAUCUCCGGGCACUGGCAGCACUACGAGGAGCACAUGUUCUCCUUCCGGGUCAACAACGAGACGCUGGCCCUGAAGCCCAUGAACUGCCCCGGGCACUGCCUGAUGUUUGGCCACCGCCCACGAUCCUGGCGAGAGCUGCCCCUCCGGCUGGCCGACUUUGGGGUCUUGCAUCGAAACGAGCCCUCGGGAUCCCUGACGGGCCUGACUCGAGUUCGCCGGUUCCAGCAGGACGAUGCCCACAUCUUCUGCGCCAUGGAUCAGCUGGAAGGAGAGAUCCGUGGUUGCUUGGAGUUCCUGCAAGCCGUCUAUUCCGUUUUUGGAUUUGCUUUACGCUUCUACCUCGCCACCCGCCCCGACACAUUUCUAGGGGACCCUAACCUUUGGGAUCAGGCGGAGCAGCUGCUGGAGAAAAGCCUCCGGGAUUUUGGCCAGCCGUGGGAGCUGAACCCUGGGGAUGGAGCCUUCUACGGGCCUAAGGUGGACGUUCAGAUCCAAGACGCUCUGGGCCGGUACCACCAGUGCGGCACCAUCCAGCUGGACUUCCAGAUGCCUCUUCGCUUUGACCUCUCUUUCACCAGCAAAGAUGGCGGCGUGCCUGAGAGGCCAGUGAUGAUCCACCGGGCGGUCCUGGGCUCUGUCGAGAGGAUUAUGGCCGUCCUGGCUGAGAACUACGGCGGGAAGUGGCCUUUCUGGUUGUCCCCGGCCCAAAUCGUGGUGAUCCCCGUGGGUCCAGACGCAGAGGGCUACGCGCAUGAGGUCCACCAGCUCUUCCGGCAGGCGGGAUUCAUGGCGGACCUGGAUGCCGACUUCGGGUCGACCCUCAACCGCAAGAUCCGGAAAGCUCAGCUGACCCAGUACAACUUCCAGUUUGUGGUCGGCCGCCAGGAGAUGUCCAACCGCACCGUGAACGUCCGCAGCCGCGACAUGCACCAGCACGGCCCACGGGAACUGCAGGAGGCGCUAGGCAGGCUCCGGGAACUGCAGGACUCUCGGGUCAGAAACGCAGAGGAGCUCUUCUGAGCGGGGUGGAGCUGCCGCAGGCGCCCUGGUGCUUGGGAGAGCACGGAGCCCUGGAAUGGCGAGCCCUGCAAGGUCCACCUGAUGCUUGCAGAGGGAGGCAGCUCACCAUGGAAACUGCUGCCGCAGACGGGAGUCUCGGGUUCUCCCUCCGCCUGGAAUCCCGUCUGCCCUCUUGCUGACCCUUUGAUCUGUCUGAACUCGCCCGGGCCCCUGCCCACACACACGGAGUCCCGCCCUGCCGUCUCAGUUUCCCUUGGCACGAUAUUGGAAUUCUUGAGGGGUGAAGAGCAGAUAAAGAAAUCUGCUGGGCAAACGCCGAGCGGGGAGGGCCUGGGAAACCCCCACCUCCCAUGCAGAAAAGGGGUCCAAGCUAUUUCCUCCUUGGUCCGGCCAGCCGGAGUUGCUCGUGGAGGCCUGUCAUUAAAACACUUCCCUAAGCUGAGAAGCCACAACUUGUCUUGCAUCUGUCGGCUGCGUGGGUGUCUUUUGUUGUGGGGGAGCUCCGAACGGCUUGGCCGGGUUAGGAGGGCGGUAGGCAGUUGCUUUUUCCCAGGGGCUGGGGUGGGUGUCAGCCCAGUUCCUUUGGGGCAUUUGAGGGGGGGGUGACCGCCCCCCGCAGAUGACGUUGCCUGCAACGCUUGCAGGUAGCAGAGGUAUAAACUUUAUAAAGGACACAAAC